AUGCACCUUGACGUACAGCCGCUCCUUCAUGAUACUUGCGCAGUACUCCAAGCUGAGUUGGGCAACAUUCCUCUCAGUGAAGAAUGGGUCGCCGAGUGCAUUGCACACUUGUGCGCUCGCGACGCGUCGUUAUUAUCACACACUUCUCUACUGCACCAUAGUGUCCGUGCGCAGCUCAUGGCAUCAGACUUGGUACAGUCAAUGGAUCAUGCUUCUCUUACGUGCAUAGACAAGUCUCUCCAUGCAUUCGUGCAGAUCGUAGGCGUGAUGGAUGUUGGGGUGCCUGCUCAAGCACUACAUGAUGUCUGGGUGGCUAGGCAAUCAGAGCCCACAACACCCUAUCCUCGUGGGAUGCUUCGUCUUGAACUGAGCGACGGUUAUAUCUCGACGCCUAUUGUUGCGUACGAGUACGAGCGGAUUCCCUCCCUUUCGCUAGAUACAUGCCUCGGCACGAAGCUCCUCCUCCUUCAUCCUAUGUACGAACAAGACGCUCUAUUGCUCACGCCAUCCACAGUCCGCGUCCUAGGUGGCACAGUGCCUGAGAUGGAUUCCCUGGCUGAGCUUGCGCAGCGCAUCGGCUCGGCAUUGGGAAAGAUACUGCCACGCGGCGGCGUCGAGCAGCAGCGCCAACAGUUGCUGAAGUCAUACCCAUCACAACCAUCAACAUUAUCAUCACAGCUGGAGAAACAACGGCACCAGCCCCUUGCGGGGCAUCAACCUGAGCAUACGCCAGUCAGCAAGCCUCAAUCUUUUGAUCUGCUUCAACCUCCUCUGCCUGAACCAACUGACACGGCUUCAAAUAAACACGUAUCAGGCGACCAAGGCAUCGAUGAUGAUAAUGACGACGAUGACGACGAUGUUUGGCUCAUGGAUGCUGAGCAAGUCAUGCAGCAAGUCGAGCAUGCAAACCAACCGCAACCGCAACUUGCCACGUCCUCUUCAACGACUCAAAGAUCCCUGUCCUGCCAGGCUCAUCAAACUUCAUCACUACUACAAAGACUCGAGUCAAGCCAACUAGCAUCCACGACACCCAGUUCAUCCCUCCCGUCAUCGUCGCCACCAUCUAUGUCUUUGCCGUACCAUACGCAUAUACCUUCGACUUCAAACCCUCCGACACUCAUAAUCCCCAAGCGCGGCACCCCUACUACUUCCUCCCAGCCUACAUCGAUUGAUCUCGUUUCAUCGGACGCUGAAGACACUCCCGUUACUGCAUCAACGCCUGCGACGGCCUCAAGUGUUGCACCCCAAACCUAUAUCACCAUCUCGUCUGACUCAGAGCCGUGA